AUGGCGCCCGAGAAUAGCUUCCGCGAGAUGACGGCCACCUUCGAGCAACUGUCACCAGAAGAACGCAUCAGGACGAUCUUAAGAAUUGGCGAGCCAGGCAAGAAACGACUAACUGCCGCGUUCAUCGAGGAGCAGUGCAAGCUGAAGUCCUUCGAGAAGCUCUCUGAUACGGAAGCCAAGGCGACAUACACCUUUAAAGUCGAGCACUUCUACACGAAUGGGUCGGGCAACCUCCAAGGCGGCGCGCAGUCGAUGAUUUUUGACAUUUGCACGAGUCUGACAUUGCAAGCCAUCUCGACUCCAGGUCGCUUUUUGAACGGUGGAGUGAGCCGGGUACUGACAGUCAACUACCUCCGACCUGCGCCGGAGGGCUCAGAGCUAGAACUGGAGACUGAAGUGAUAUCCGUCGGCAAGACCCUCGCUAUGACUCGAGGCACCCUCCGGCGGGCCAGCGAUGGUGCGGCCAUUAGUACCUGCGAACACAACAAAGCGGCUGUCCCGACAAAACCGCAAUGGAAGCUGUAA